UCGUCGUGAUUGAUGCCGCUGCCCGUUUGCGCUGCUUCUUUCCCCUGUUGAGUCGUCCGUCAUGUUUGUUUCCGCGGAUUUCAAACUAAAAAUAUAUUAAUAGCGGCUUUAAUUCGCCGCUGUCGGGGGACCGGCGGCGCCCGGAGGGAUAUGGCACAGCGUUGGACGCUAUCCGACUGUGUGUCCUCCUCGGCGGUCUGUUAAGAUUUAAAUUAGCCGAUAACACCACCGGGGUUGAUAUUUAGACGGUAGUGUCGUCGGGGAGACUGCAACCGCACUGCCGCGAUAUGGAAAAACACGCCUGAUCCCUGACUUAAACCCAAUUGAGCAUCUCUGGGGAGACCUGAAAAUGGCUGUCCACCAACCUUCACCAUCUAACCUGACAGAACUGGAGAGGAUCUGCAAGGAGGAAUGGUAGAUGAUCCACAAAUUCAGGUUUGGAGACCUCUGAUCCUAUUGGCUCCUCCGCCAACCAGGUGACAGUCAGCUGACGUCCUGAGGAAGGAGAGACUAGAGUGAGACGAGGAGAGUUCCCACUUGCCCUGCUUCCCACUCCGCCAUAAUAAUCAUGUCUAUACCCAGCGGCAGCCCAGAGCGAGAGGGCUCCAGCGUGGCUCCCUCACACCUGGACUGCCCCUCUUCCCCUCCCGGUUUGGAUCCAGACCCCCUGUCGACGGGCAGCCCGGUCCUCAGCCCGGACUCCUCUUCCCAAGAUGCAGUGCUGUCAGCGCCUGCGGUUUCCCCGGCGGACUCCGAGAACCUCAGUCCAGAUGAACUGGAGCUGCUGGCGAAACUGGAGGAACAGAAUAGGUUACUGGAGGCCGACUCUAAGUCCAUGCGCUCCAUGACGGGCUCGCGGCGCAACAGCGGCUCCUCACUGGUGUCGAGCUCCUCGGCCUCCUCGAAUCUGUCGCACCUUGAGGAGGACACCUGGAUCCUUUGGGGCCGCAUCGUCAACGAAUGGGAGGAGUGGAGACGCAAGAAGGACAAGCUCCUCAAGGAGCUGAUCCGGAAGGGCAUUCCUCAUCACUUCCGGGCCAUCGUGUGGCAGCUGCUGGGCAACGCCACGGACAUGCCUGUGAAGAAUCAGUACUCGGAGCUGCUCAAGAUGUCGUCCCCCUGCGAGAAGCUGAUCCGCAGAGACAUCGCCCGCACUUACCCCGAGCACGAGUUCUUCAAAGGUCAGGACAGCCUGGGACAGGAGGUCCUCUUCAAUGUCAUGAAGGCAUACUCCCUAGUGGACCGAGAGGUGGGCUACUGCCAAGGCAGUGCGUUCAUUGUUGGCCUGUUGCUCAUGCAGAUGCCCGAAGAAGAGGCGUUUUGCGUGUUUGUGCGUCUGAUGCAGGAAUAUCGUCUGCGAGAGCUCUUCAAGCCCAGCAUGGCCGAACUGGGACUCUGCAUUUACCAGUUUGAAUAUCUGCUUCAGGAGCAACUUCCAGAGCUUAACGUCCAUUUCCGAUCCCAGAGUUUUCAUACAUCCAUGUAUGCCUCAUCCUGGUUCCUCACCCUCUUCCUGACUUUUCUCCCUUUGCCUGUUGCCACGCGCAUAUUUGAUAUUUUUAUGUAUGAGGGCCUCGAGAUCAUCUUCCGUGUGGGCAUGGCCAUUCUGCAGUAUAACCAGACGGACCUCAUUCAGCUAGACAUGGAGGGCAUGUCACAGCAUUUUCAGAAGGUGAUCCCCCACCAGUUUGACAGCUGCCCGGACAAGCUCAUCCUCAGGGCGUAUCAGAUCAAAUACAACCCCAAGAGAAUGAAGAAGCUGGAGAAAGAAUAUACCACCAUCAAGAACAAAGAAAUGGAGGAGCAAAUUGAGAUCAAGAGGCUACGCACAGAAAAUAGGUUGCUGAAACAGCGGAUUGAAACCCUAGAGAAGGAGAGUGCUGCUCUGGCAGAUAGACUCAUCCAGGGUCAGGUGACGAGGGCGCAGGAAGCGGAGGAGAACUACGUGAUCAAGCGCGAGCUGGCAGUGGUGAGGCAGCAGUGCAACGCAGCCAGCGAGAGCCUUGAGAAGGCGCAGGACACCAUCCGAGAGCUGCAGCAACAAAAGUACACGGAGCGGUUUGUGAGCGGUCUGCAGACAGAGCUGGAGCAGUCCAAGCUGCGUGAGGCCGAGUUGCUGGUGGCGAUGAAGGAAAUGCAGGACAAGGUGCUCGAUCUGGAGAAGAGGAGCAGCUGUUUGCCCGAUGAAAACAACAUGGCGGCUCUGCAGGAGGAGGUGAAGCAGAUGAAGCUGAGAGAGCUGGAGACGCUUCGCUCAUUCAGAGAGAUGCAAGAUUCUGUCACCGAGCUCAACCAGCGCUGGCAGCAGCAUCACAUGUCCCGCAGCGGCAGCACGGGCGGCGGCGGCAGCCACUGGAAGGAAUCGCCAAAGAAGAACGCCAUGAACGAGUUGCAAGACAAGCUGAUGAGCGUCCGCCUGAGGGAGGCGCAGGCCCAGGCCGAGCUUCGGGAGGUCAAACUGAAGGCUGUGCAGCUGGACAGCCAGAACACAAUCCACAGCAAACUGAUUGGCCGCCAUGAGCAGGAGCGCUCCGCCCUCCAGGAUCGUCUCCAGAUGUUGUCUAACCAGAACAAAGCUCUUCAGGCACAGCUCAACGAGAUGAAACGGAAGCAGGCCGAGUGGGACUGCAAGAGUAAAGAGGAGGUGAUGGCCGUACGACUGAGGGAAGCCGACAGCAUGGCUGCCAUGGCCGAGCUCAGGCAGAAGAUCGCUGAGCUGGAAAUUCAGAAAGAGGAAGGGCUGAUCCAGGGCCAGCUGAACCACUCUGACUCCAGGCAGUAUAUCAACCGACUCCGGGACCAGAUCACUGAGCUCAAAAAUGAGAUCAGGCUAUUGCGAGGUCAGAAGGCCAGGACCCCUGGCUCCAGGCUCACCAGUGUGGGCGCCAACUACCAGGAUCUUUGCCUGGCCAGCCCGGCUGAGGCUGAGGGCGACUACCUGAGCUCUGACGAGGACCUCCUCCACAGCCCGCUGCCCUCUAACGCCCUUUACCCGGCCAUACCGGGCACGUGUCACCCGUCCGCCCGCCUGGACAGCGAAGGCAGCACGGACAGCGAGGCGGAGGAGCGGACACACCCGGACCCCCCGCAGCUGUACGGCAGUAUGGUGUGCGCCGAGGCCAUGGAGAACUGAGGAGUGCUGAUAGGUUGCUAUGGCGACGCUGAUGAACAGUAUCUCCCCAGAGUGAAUGCAUCCCUCACAUUUAUGUAAAUAUUUUAUAAAUAUCUUUUCACGGGACAACACUGAAGAAAUUACACUUCUCUACAAAAUAAAGUAGUCUGUGUACAGCUUGUAUAAUAGUAUAAAUGUACUGUUUCCUCAAAAUAAUUCAAUGCACAGCCAUUAAUGCCUAAACCGCAGGAAACAAAAGUGAGUGCACCCCUAAGUAAAAAUGUCCAAAUUGUCUGCAAGGUGUCAAUAUGUGUGGCCGCCAUUAUUUUCCAUUACUGCCUUAACUCUCUUGGGCACUGAGUAAACCAGAACUUCACAGGUUGCCACUGGAAUCCUCUUCCAGUCCUCCAUAAGAAUAUCACAGAACUUGUGGUUGUUUGAAACCUUGGGCUCCUUCACCUUCCAUUUUUAGGAUGUAGGAAAUAAUGUGUGGCCGGACAAAAAGAUUGACACACUGGGUCCAAUUUAACGUUCUCAUUUAGGGGAAUACAGUGGUCCCUUGUUGUGUAGCCCAACUUGAGGUUUUGCUAGACACAAGCCUUUAGCAAAUAGUCAUCAAGUCGUGAAAAAAGAGGCUUCGACCUGUUUAAUGCCAACCACAGUUCAAAGUUUACCGUCAAACCAAACAUAUAACAAGGAGAGUUACACGCUGUGUAUUGAAAACAACCAAACAAUGUUGCUUCAAGAAUGGCUCGCCAGCUUACUCCUAACAUAUAAUGGUAAAUGCCAUUGACCUGUUAAUGCUAACGUUAGCAUUUAUAGUCCUGGUUUUAGAAGCAACGGAUGUCGACAAAUGGUGGAGCAACACAUGUAGAGACGUAAUAUAACUCUAUUCACAGGAAUAGAUUAUUUGUCGUUGAUGAAAAGUUCCUUUGUGUCUUCAUGGCUGUAUUAUAUUGACUGUUGGUGGCCAAGACGGGCAGGAACAGCACAAUGAAAUGAGUUGCAGCAUUAAAUCAUGAUGUACAAACUGAUUAUUUACAUUCUAUUUAUGUUGUUGGGGGGUAAUCUGCAACUGACUAAUGGUGUUUCCAUUCAUUUCAAUGGGGGAAUACGAUUUGAGUUACAAACAUGGUCACAGAACGAAUUAGUCAUAUCGCAAGGCACCACAGGCACUCGCUUGUGUUGCCAGUGGUUUAGACUCGGCUGUGUGUAGUUUGCUUUGAGGGAACAACAAAUGUACAUUGUUACACAAAUCUGUUCACUCACUACUUCACAUUAUAGCAAAGUGCCAUGUUUUUCCCACAGUGUUGUCCCAUAAAAAUAUCAUAAAAUAUUGACAAAAAAGUGUGAGGGGAUGUACUCACUUUUGUGAGAUACUCUACCUGUGUGAAGGCCUGCACCUCAAAAACUGUCCUCUACUCCAGUACAUAUCCAAGCCCAACAGACUAAAUAGACUGACAUGGACCUGCAAGCCUGCUGCUCCUAAAUUCAUCAAUGAUGCUCGAUGAGCUGGCAGCCCAUUAUAGAACUCUCCUUCCCGAUUGAGUUAGAAUAUCGGAUAAUAUCUUUUUCGCACAUCAGUCCUCGCUGCCUUCGCAACAAAAUGUCUGUCAGCCGAGUGCGGAGCCGUCUCGUGGUUAUCAAAACAGGCCCAAGCAGCAGCAGAGGAUCUUGCUCACAUCGCCAAAUGGCGUCCGUACACCCAUCUUGACCAUUUCUACAUGCUCGGGACGUUCAAAGUGCAAACUUAUUCAAGGAGGGAAAAAAGGAAGAAACUUCCAACGUUGCCAAAUCAUAUUUUUUAUUUAUUUUUUUUGUAUUUUAAAGUAAUUUGUUAUGUAAUUUAUUUUGAUAUGAUUUUUACUAUCAAGUGUCAAACCAUAGGUGUGUGUUUGAGGUACUGACAGAGGGCUCGUGCCCGCCCUGUACGUGCCAACCGAGGGCCACCGCGAACUGUCGUCUGUGUGGUGUGACGGAAGGUGACACGUCAUGUGCUGCUAUCGUCUUUCAUUUCUGCAUAGUGGGAUGUCUCCUCUCAACAUGAAGUCAUCGUUGUUCAUUGCUGGUACGUGUGUGUGUGUGUGUGUGUUUCGUGCUGAAGGAGAGUUUGACAUUUUUUGAAAUGCGUUCCGUUCUUCCACUAAAUUAGUAAAUCGGGACACAAUAGUAAGUUCAUACGAGCAUGUUCUGUUCCUACGGAGGUAAUACAACCCGAAUUUGUAUGUUAGGCAGAAUACGCCAUAGUCUGUCACUAACCUAUGCUAAUACUGUAUUAAAGUCAUAAUUACAGAUAAUAUUUGCAAAACAUUGCUAGGCCAUAAAUGUAAAGCAGUAAAUGGGAAAACAAAAACAAACAAAAAAAACAGUAUGGCAAUAACUGAAGGUGUCUUCCUGUGCCGCGUGACCACGUAUUCUGGCGCCGUUCGUAACCUCAAAAUGUAACUAAUGUAAUGUAAUGUAAUUUAGCUUGGUGCUCCUUGUUGACAAACAGCACAAACGGAGGAACUCAAAUGAAUACUAGCAGUCACAAGGUCCAAAAAGUCUUGUGGUGACAAAAAGUAGGCCAAAUAUGGGUGACUGACCAGCCAACAAAACGGAAAGUAUAAAAGUCACCAUUAUAAAAUAAGUUCAGUGUCCCGAAUAUACAUUUUGUAUGUUUUUUUUUUGUUUGUUUGGAUUCCAUUCAUUUUAAAGUAGGAAUAAUUGGGGCUUUUCUGCUCCCAGGUUCCCCCUAAAUUUGUAAAGUGUAAUUUUUACUGAUAUACAACUGGGGCAAAUACACUUUUGACCUUGGUAAGUAUACUUAAUGUAGGAAUGGUUUACUGGGACCGCAGACAACUGCAAGUAUUAGCAUUAGCACAGAUUCUAGCGCAACACGAGAGGUUGAGGUCUGUGCAAAAAGCUGGUAAAUGUAUUUCCCAAAAUGUCAAACUACCCUUAACUUUUCUUUGUCUCAUACAAGUGCUUAAAUUCGUGUUUUCGGGCUAAGUGGGAAUUUUCAGUUAGCUACAACGUGUGGAAAUGAAUGCUAACAUGAGCCUAUUUUGCAUAUCAAAUGCUGAUUAUAUUCAGUUUAGAAAUUAACUAUAUACACAAUAGUAUGUCAGUCAGACUUAAAAUCGCAGUGUCGCUUUUGAGUCAAGACUGACAAUAAACAGGGUAUCGUGCUUUUUGCACUACACAGAGAAAGUCACAAGAUAUGCUAUUGAUUCAUUGGUUUAUAAUUGCCCGUUUUCCUUUAUAUGUGAUCGGCCGUCCAAAAUGAAAACAUGAAAUUGGAUCUUCCCGUGAAGCCAUCAAAAGGGUUAAAGAGGAUGUAGUAUUGACAAGCGUACUGUUGCAAAUAACAGCCUUUUAGCGGUCCAUGUCACAAGGCCCAUCUCGCCACUGGAAUCAGUGUUAGCGAUGUUGUAAAACUUCCUUCUGUUUCUUAAGCUUAACCAGACUGCGGAGGCUGAGAUUCUGCCCUUUUGAUUGUUGGCCCUGGCCGCCAGGUGGAAUUAGUGCUUAGCAGGUCUGCCUCAUAUUUCAGAAUCAGAAUCGUCUUUAUUUGCCAAGUAUGUCCAAAAAACACACACAAGGAAUUUGCCUCCGGUUGUUGGAGCCGCUCUUGUACGACAACAGACGGUCAAUUGACAGAGAACACUUUUGAGACAUAAAGACAUUGACCAAAAAAAAAAAAAGGUUUCUCAUGUUCGGGUUUUGAAAAUCGACUCCGACCGACCUGUGUGGAGUUUCUUAACCGUUUUAACGCAAUCAAAGAUCAAAAUGUACAUUUCGCUCAACACGAGUGAGUUUUUAUUUUUCACAAACCAAAGUUAUCCGCUCGGAAAUUAUUGGACUUUUGGACUCUCAGCAGAUUGUGUCGAUUACUAACGCUGCGUUCAAUAAAAGUGAGAAAUUUCCAAUGUUGGAAAGGCACAUUGGAAUGUUAAAAGCCCUUGUAGAAAAAAAUGCCUAACAACACACUUAUUCAUAAUCAUUUGAUGAUGAUAGCUUGUGGCUAAUGGAAGCCUGCGUUUUGUGAAUCUAUCGACAAGGGAUUUUUUUUUUUUUUUUUUUUUUUUAUUAAAACCACAUACUGAAAUGAACUUUUUUUUACAUGAUGUUAAUUUAUUGAGACGCACCUACAUGCAGGACAAGGAACGUCGAGCACCACUCAACAAUUGAACACGGGCUCAUUAUUUCAAAAACAUUUCAUUCAUCGUCAAAGGCAGCACACCACUUCACAUUUCAUUGUCCAAUUAUAGACUUCAAAAUUCAGAAAAUCCCAACACGUCGGCUUUAAAGUGACAGUGCUCUGAUGUGACGACAACUACUGUGACAAACCUUUUUUUUAUUUUUUAUUUUUUUUUAAUAUAUAAAUCUACUGAAUACUGGGUGAUACUUACUUCAUUUUGACCACUGCCAUCCAUCCGUUUCCCCUCAUGAUCAUCAUUCACGUGCCAUAAACGUACAGAACGUACUCCCUCCACACCCCUUGUCAUAUUUGAACACCUUAUUAGCAAGACUUUUGCUGAUUGAGGCAACUUGACGCAAUGUGGUGUCCAACAUUUUCGUCAUCCUCUCUCCCCCUCUUCUCGCAUUUUGACUGAUAUACUUGUCGCAAAACUAAAGCUUCUAUAAAGUCUAAUAUGAUGAAAGACAUUUCAGUGUUCUGUAUCCCAUGUACAAUACUAAAUAAAACUUUGACCUUUGCGAAA